AUGCACCAAGCAUUAUACCUUUUCUCAUUUUUCACAUUAGCUACAACAUUAAUACCACCCCAUUUAGAUGAAUUUUAUAAACCACCAAAAAAUUAUAAUAGCACAAAAUUAGGAGAAAUAUUAAAAAUUCGACCGCCACCAGGUCCAAUUAGAUCAUAUUUUGCACCAAUUGAUGCAAUAUCAUGGCAAAUAUUAGUAAGAUCUGAAAAUUCAGAUGGUGAACCAAUAUGUAUAACUAUGACAUUAUUAGAACCAGCAAAUAAUCCAGAUACAACUAAAAUAUUAUCAUAUCAACCUUUUGAAAAUUCAGCAAUGAUUGAUUGUUCUCCUUCUUUUGCCUUGUUGUCUGGAGCAUUUGAUACUUUUGAAACUCAAUGUGAUUUGACAUUCAUUUCUAUGGCAUUAACUCAAGGAUGGGUUGUUAUAAUACCUGAUUAUGAGGGUCCAAAUUCUGUUUUCCCAGUUGCAAAAGAUACAGCAUUUGCAGUAUUAAAUUGUAUGAGAGCAGCAAAGACAUUUUUUGAUGAAGAAGAUAUAAAAUUUGGUAUGAUGGGAUAUUCAGGAGGUGCUUUCACAUCAGCAUGGGCUUCUAUUUAUCAACCAACUUAUGCACCUGAAUUGAACUUGGUUGGUGCUGCAUUAGGUGGUUUAAUUCCAAAUAUAACUGCUUUAAUUGAAAAUGUUGAUGGUGGACCAUAUGCUGGAUUAAUUGUUAAUAUAUUAAAUGGGUUAAGUAAUGAAUAUCCUCAAUUUAAAAAUGCUAUUCAUAAAUAUGGUCCAACUUUAAAAAAUUAUUGUUUAUUUUCAGCAGCUAUUCAUUAUUUUGGUACAAAUUUUAAUGAACAUAUUUAUAAAAAUUUUAUAAAUGAUAAAGUUAUGCAACGAUAUUUUAAACGUAAUGAUUUAUUAGGUGGAAAAUUCAUGCCUGAGAUUCCGAUAUUCAUUUUCCAUUCAAAAAUAAAUGAAAUGUCUCCUAUUGAUGAAGUUCAUAAAUUGAUAACUCAAUGGUGUGAAAAUGGUGUUAAGUUGGAAUUUGCAGAAGAUUUGAGUUAUAAUCAUAUGGUGGAAGCAUUUUCAGGUAUACCUGCAUCUAUAAUAUGGUUGAGUAAUAGAUUUAAUGAUGAAGCAAUAAGUUAUAAUGGGAAUUGUCAUUGGGAAAAACGAAUAUCAAAUUUAUUGUAUCCUGGAGCUACUACUUUUAUAAAAGAAUAUUUGAAACUUUCAGCAAAACAAUAUUUAUCCAAGUUACCAUUGUAA